AUGGAUCCAGCAGAAGAAUCGUCUGUUUCAACUCCUCUUUCAUGCUUUCAAGAGUUUAAAUCAGACCUGGCAAGACAUUUUGAAACAACAUCAAAGGAGCUGGAAGAAAUUGAAGAGGAGUAUCAAGCACUGAAACGAUUCAUUCAGACGGAGAUAGACUCGUGUUCAGAAGAUCAGAUCCAAUUACUGCAUGAGGCGGAGAACGUUCAUCAAAAGAUUGCUGCUUUUAUGAAAAACAUUCAAUGCCAUCUUCCGUCAAUUGAGACGUUGCCUUCAAGAAAAUAG